UUCUCUCCAUAUGCUAAAUUGGACUUCAGAACACAACCAAGGCUCUAAUCGAUCGUCAACAAUGUGGUCCCUUCAGAAUCCUAACCAUCGCAAGUCAAACGUUGCGGGCACCCUUCCUUGUUUAGGACGUCGAAUACUUCAAGGACAAGUACAUUGGGGAUCAGGAACCAUGGAAAUUGACCGUGAAUAUCAUCAUACACCAGGAUAUUGGGAAUGGGCUGAAGACGUGCUUGGUAGAAGUCAACAAACUUUGAAGACAACGAGAAUAUAUGAUGCUAUUUAUGCUUCUUUGUUCACCUAUGAUCGCAAUUCAAACAUAUUGCAAGCAUUCUUUGAAGCCUGGUGUCCAACGACAAAUACAUUGCUUACAUCCAUUGGAGAGCUAUCAAUAUCCCUCUGGGAUUUACACGUCAUUGGAGGUCUACCCAUUGGUGGUUCCCCUUACGAAGAAAUAGUGCCCGAAGCUAAGGAGCUUAUAGGUACUAAUGAGAAUAACGAAAGGUUCGUUCCCCAAACAUGUGAGCACCUAUUCGUAGCCUUUCAACAUCUUCAAGAAGGUGAGAUUCAUAAUCCAAGGGUGCCCUUGAGCAAGUGGAUAAAGUUUUGGUGCAAAAGAACUUUGAAAUACGAGCCUGCUCCACCACGGAAGGAGAAAAAGUCUGCUCGCUUGAAGUCAACAUAUAAUCCAACUGGAGCUAUACCUGGAGCAGCCGAGUGGUCAAGUGCAGAUGAAGUAAUGUUUUCCAAACUUGGAGUAGAUCAUGAACAAAGGGAUGAUACAUAUUUAGCAUCAUUCUUAUCAUGUUGGUUGUGCGCCUUUGUAUUUCCCUCUAAAGAUGGUGACUUCAUUCGACCGGGGACUUUUAGAAUGGCGGCCAUGAUGGCAAAUAAACGAGUAAUUAGUCUUGCAGUCCAAGUCUUAUCAAACAUUUACAAUGGUUUAGCGAAGAUUUCCAAGUCAUCGCAACUUGAGCAUAUUAAAGUAUCAUUUCCCAUUCAUUAUUUAUAUGGUUGGCUUGCUCACUACUUCAAGACGCAUUUUGCACUUCCUAACGGACCAUCAGUUCCGUUAAUGGUAGUAUAUUCUGGAGAAGGUGCUGCAAGAUAUUUUGAUGGGGAGCAUGCAAGAAAACGCGUUCAUCGAGGAGAUAGCGUUGCUUGGACUUCUACUAUGCCAAAUAGGUCCCGUCUUCAUUAUUUUGUGGACAAUGGCAAGGAACCAGAGUUGGAGGUGAGUUACUUUAUGAGCCUUCGUUUUAAUUACCUUCCUUUGAGGAGUGAGGACUCCUACAUCUUCGAGCCAUAUAGUCCGCACCGAUUCAGCCGUCAGUUUGGGUUUUAUCAAGACACUCCUGGCGUCUUGGAAAGUGAUAUUCGCAAGUGCCUCAUUAGCUGAAGGACUUAGAUUCUCUCGAAUUUGUGUGUCCCAAAAAUCCAUGUCGAAGGCAACUUUCCCUAAUACUACGUCUAAUGUGAGGAAGCUCUCUUCGUCCGAGUAUAAAUCCUGGUGGGCAAAAGUGCAUGGGAAAUAUCUCGAAGACAACUUGCAAUCGUUGGUGGCUGCUGUUGGCCCUAUUACAGACAUUCUUCAAGAGCAUAAUGAAGAGGUCUUCGCUGAUAAAUCUCUUGCUUUAAAGUCUAAAGCAGUUUUGCCACACAAAAACAAAGGACCUCCAUGUACAGACGUUCAAAAAGAGAAGAUGCUUCCUCAGGCUUAUCAAGCUUCUAAAAAGCGACCACCACAAGACGAAAGUGAUAGAAGUCAUGGGGAUCGUUGUCCGAAGAGAUUCAGACCACCCGUAGAUGAGCCAAGAGACACUACUUCGCAUGCGGUAGAGAUUCAUGACAGCGAUAGCAGUUCUUCAAGGACUUUGACAGCUACUAAAGAGCCAAGCAGCGUCAAUAUUUUGGUGGCUUCUCACCAAAGCAAGCCUCAAGAUAGCAGUGAAUCUGUAGCAGGGCCAGACUCAUGGGGAUCACUUCCAACAUCUAAAUCAGAGCGAGAGGCCACUUCUAUUUCUCAUGGGAGGUCUAAACCAAAUUUGGGACUCAGUUCUCGCAAACCACCAGCAACAACUAUGUCCAUUUUUUAUGGAAGAAAGGUUGUGAUGACUCUUCGAAAGAAUUUCAUUUUGGAGGCCUGGACUAAGAUCCAAGCUAAAUUCUCCAACCUUUCUGUGGAUUGUGCAUCUUCUCUUGAAGAUGAGGUAAAAGUGAUCCUCGAGGAGAUGGAUGGAAAGGACUUGGAUAUUUCCCCUUUGAAGAAACUAUUGGAUUCUUUCUUUGAGCUUUCCACUUCCUAUGACCAAGCACGAUCAGCUCUUGUUGAUAAGGCGCGUAGAAGUGAAAAAUCGAGUCAUUUGUAA